AUGGUCGCACCAGUCACCUCUGCUGCGGGUAUCGUCGCCCUGCUCGACGAACAAGAGCCCGAGCUCCAGUCGUAUGCCCUCAAGCGUCUCGACUCGCUUGUUCAUCAGUUUUGGGCAGAGAUUGCAGACGCCAUCUCCAAGAUCGAAAUCCUUUACGAAGAUGAGCGCUUCCCCGACCGCCAGCUCGCUGCCCUUGUCGCCUCCAAGAUCUACUUCCACCUUGGAGAGCACGAUGAGGCGCUCAUGUUUGCGCUCGGUGCAGGCAACCUUUUUGACGUAGAUGUUAAAGACGAAUAUGUCGACACGGUCGUCUCCAAGGCCAUCGACCGAUACAUUCAGGACAACACGCCAAUUACAGCUGCCACUUUGACUCCAGACUCGGAGGCUUCUGCUGCUGCUGCCAAAAAGGCAGCCGCUCACAAGUCCGACACUGAUCCAAGGCUCAAGAGCAUCGUCGAUCAGAUGUUUGCGCGCUGUAUCUCUGACAAGGAGUACAAGCAGGCACUUGGAAUUGCCCUCGAGACGCAACGCCUGGAUAUCAUCGAGCAGGUCUACUCCGUCACCCAAGAUGCAGAUCUCCUCACCUACGUCCUUGAGAGCUCCGUUGGCGUCGUCCCUUCCAUCGAGGUGCGCAACCAGAUCCUUCACCUACUCGUCAAACUCUUCCAGAGACUGCCCAGCCCAGAUCACUUCAGCAUUGGCCAGUGCUACGUCUACCUCAACGCACCCAAUUUCGCCUCGGAACUUCUUUUCAAUCUCAUCCAGCAGGCGCACCAGCCCUCGAGCUCGUCGCAAGCCAACACCCCGCAUGACCCUCUCCUCGUCACAUAUCAACUUGCAUUCGACUUGGCAGAGAGCGCCACCCAAGAGUUCCUCGAAAAUGUGCGAAGAGAUCUCUCCUCGAAAGCUUCUACCGAGGCUCCCGCCGUCAAGACCGAUUCUGCUGACGCCGAUGCCGACAUGAACGGCUCCACAGAAUCUGAGACGACCACCGUCUCUUCCUGCGUCGAGCGCGUCCGCUCCAUCCUCCAGGGUGAGGAGAGCAUCCAGCUUUAUCUCGAGUUCCUUAAACGCUCCAACAAGGCUGACUUGCCCAUCCUCAAAGCUACCAAGGAGGCGCUCGACGCUCGAAGCUCCAUCUACCACUCGGCGCUCAGCUUUGCCAACGCAUUCAUGAACGCCGGCACCACCUCGGACAAAUUCCUCCGCGAGAACCUCGAGUGGCUCGCCAAAGCUUCCAACUGGUCCAAAUUCACCGCCACCGCUGCCCUCGGUAUCCUCAACAAGGGCAACCUCAAGGAAGGCAUUAGCAUCCUCCGUCCCUACUUGCCCCAGGAUGGCGUCACCAGCAGCGUCUACUCGGAAGGUGGCAGUCUGUUCGCACUCGGUCUCAUCCACGCCAACCACGGCGCAGAGGUCAUGGAGCUGCUCACCAAUACGCUCAAGAGCAACCCGGCUGAAAUUGUCCAGCACGGUGCUGCUCUCGGUCUCGGUGCUGCAGGCAUGGCUACGGGCAACGAGGAGGUAUACGAGGAACUUCGCAACGUGCUGUACACCGACUCGGCCGUGGCAGGUGAGGCGAGCGGUUAUGCUAUGGGUCUCGUCAUGCUCGGUACCGGCUCGGAGCGUGCCGUCGAGGAGAUGCUCCAGUAUGCCCACGAGACGCAGCACGAAAAGAUCAUCCGCGGUCUCGCAAUCGGUAUCUCGCUCCUCUUCUACGGUAAGGAGGAGAAGGCCGAGGCCAUGAUUGACACGCUGCUCGCCGACAAGGACGCCAUCCUCCGAUACGGAGGUGUCUACACCAUCGCGCUCGCCUACGCCGGUACCGCCAACAACAAGGCGAUACGACGUCUGCUCCACAUUGCCGUCUCGGAUGUCAGCGACGAUGUGCGUCGCGCUGCCGUCACCUCGCUCGGCUUCCUGCUCUUCCGCAACCCCACCCAGGUACCCCGCAUCGUCCAACUGCUCUCGGAGUCGUACAACCCGCACGUGCGAUACGGAAGCACGCUCGCCCUCGGUAUUGCCUGCGCCGGUACCGGCCUCGACGAGGCGGUCGACCUGCUCGAGCCCAUGACCAAGGACCCCGUCGACUUUGUGCGUCAAGGUGCCUGCAUCGCUCUGGCCAUGAUUUUCAUCCAGCAGAAUGAGGCGCUCAACCCGCGCGUCAACAACGCUCGCAAGACCUUCGACAAGAUCAUCUCGGACAAGCACGAGGACGCCAUGGCCAAGUUUGGUGCCGCGCUUGCUCAGGGUCUGGUGGAUGCUGGUGGACGAAAUGUCACCAUCUCGCUGCAGAGCCGUGGUGGUAACGCCAACAUGCCUGCCAUUGUGGGCAUGGCUCUGUUCACCCAGUUCUGGUACUGGUUCCCGCUUGCUCACUUUUCGGCUCUGGCGUUUACUCCCACGGCUUUGAUCGGUCUCAACCGGGAGCUGCGCAUCCCGGAGUUUGAAUUUGUGUCCGAGGCCAAGCCUAGCCUGUUUGCGUACCCGACGUCGUUCAAGCCGCCGUCAGAGAAGAAGGUGGAACGUGUCGAGACGGCUGUGCUUUCGACGACGGUCAAGUCACAGACGCGUCAGCGAAACAAGGAGCGCGAGAGGGCUCAGGCCGAGGGUGGUACCGAUGCCAUGGAUGUCGACGACGCUGCCGGUGCUGCAGCAGCCGGCAAGAAGCAGGACGGCGACGUGGCCAUGGAGGAGGACACGAGCAAGACGUCGACUGCCGCCAAGGCUGGCAAGCCCAAGAAGGAGCGCAAGCAGGAGCCGCGAUCGGAGCUGCUGCCCAACUACUCGCGCGUCACCCCAGCGCAGGUCAAGUUUGUCACCUUCCCACCCGAGUCGCGCUUUGUGCCCAUUCGACCCGUGCAGGGCUUGGGCAGCAAGGUGAGGCAGGAUGUAUACAACACCUCGUCGGUGGCUGGUAAGCUUCUUGGCAAUGCUUCGCCUGCGCCUGGCGCCAGCGGCACCGUGACGCCCUCGCACAGUGCUGCAGCUGGCGCUGGCACUGGGGCCAAAUCGCUGCACCAGCAAGCCGUCACCAAUGCUGCUGCUACCGCGGGUGGCGAGUCUGGUGGAUUGUCUGGUACCGCUGCCCCUGGCACUGGCGGUUCCGGAACCGGACCUACGGCCGAGCAGGCGCGCAGUAUCCUCACAUCCGCCAUCGGUGGUACGGGCGGUAUCCUGCUCAUGGUGGACCGCAAACCACAUGAUGAGUUCCGUGCGCUCAAGAUCGGCGACUCGAGCGACGACGACGGCACCACCAGCACUAACGCUCAACCACCUGCCGCUGACGCUAACGUGCAAGACGAUGACGAGAUCAGCCCCGAAGACGCUGCGGCUAUUGCUGCUGCCAUGGCUGCGGAUGAUGAUGACGAGCGAGGCGACGACAAGGAUAUCAACAGCGUUGCUGGUCAUCAGACUCGUCGGGACGGUGACGGCGAGGGUGGAGCUGGCAAUGGCAGUGUCGGUGGUGGUUUGCCUGAAGCUCGUUGA